GGAAGCUAUCACGACCAGAUAGCCCAAUAUCAAGUGUGGACUUUUUAAACUUAUUUAUUCCGGGCUUAACAUGAAGAGAGAACGACUGUUCAAAGCUGCCUGCUUGCUUCUUUUAUCUGGAGUAUUCGCAUCCCCAGCCUGGAGUGCAACAACAGACUCUCAUGAGUUGACCCUGGCUGUUCACCCGGGCACCGUGGUCAAUAUUAACAGGACCAAGGCGUCGGGGUCCGACUGCACGGUGUGUGUUGAAGAAGGCAGCAGUUGGUCGUGCCUGCCACAGACAGCCCUGACGGAGGCGGGCAAGUUCUCAGUGAAGUUUACCUGCACUAAACCCUGGGAUGUGUUUACCGUGGAGAUCGUCAAGAAGAUCGAAUGUAGAACAAAGCCCUGCAAGCACACUGUCAUGCCAACGGACCAGCAGCCUCUCUUUGAGUUUAACCGGACGUUCCACUGGUGUCUGAGGGCUCCUGUGAGAAUGACCUUCCAUGUGGAUUUCAGCAAGAUGGGCCUGACCCAGAUCGCCCCCUCAGAGACCUGCACCGAUGGACACACGUACAGUCUCGUCGCUCUGGAGACGACAAAGAACGUCCACCUUGGGUUGUUUUGUGCGAGCGGCACCAUCUCUGGGAUUCAGAUCUUGAACGGUGGAAAAGUGGUCCUCAUGGUGCCUGGCCGGCAGAAGCUGGAGCCCAAGGAUUUCGAAGUGUCUUGGGAAGAGGACAUCAAAUCUCUUGCCGUCGUGAGUGUGGGGCUACCAAGCGGCAAGUCAUCGCAAGAGUUCUUCUCUCCAAACUAUCCGUCGAGUUUCCCCGACGACGACCUCAUGACGUGGAGUUUCAGCGUGCCCAACGGCCACGAGACCACGGUGAAGCUGCUGAGCCACUCCGAGCCGCACUGUCGGAAGAAGGAGCCGGGCAUCGAGUACGAGUUCGAGGACGUGACGGUGGUGAGGAAGCUGUCGGAGAGGCAGCCCACGGGGGAGGAGGGCCCCUUCGCGCUCUCGCUGCGGAACUGCGAGAUGGACGUGGUGCGCUCGCGGGCCCAGGGGGUCGGGCUGACGCUGCACUUCCGCGUCUCCUCCAACCCGACAGGCACUGAAGCGCCUUGCAUUGUGGAUCUUUCUAAGGAGAGCAGUCUGUCUCUGCACAUUGCGAAAGUCGCAGAUUCCCGCUGUAAGCUGAAAUUAGACGGCAUCUCUGUGGAGAGUGCCAUUGUUCCCGCUGGAAAGAAGUCUACCGUGUCUUUCAGGGACUGCCCAGAUGAAGACCUGCUACUGACCGUCAACAAAACUAUAGGCUGUCAGCAGCUGAAAGACUGCCCCUCUCGUCCGGUCCCUCUGACCGUUCCAGUCAUUGAGAGGUGUCUGCCCGAGGCUCUGAAGACCGUCCACUGGAACCUCCAGGCCCCAGACCAUGGCACAGUCGAGCUGUGGGCAUACAUUGGCAACCUGCGCCAAUCUCUGCCCGGGCAGGAGUGCAACGGCAGCGUCCAGUUCAGCGUUGCCGAGAGCGACGGCACGGCCAUUGGACAGUUCUGCCCAGGGGGCGGCGGCAUCAUAUCCGAGGUGCAGGUCCACCGCAACGUCACGGUCAGCGCCGCUCCCAGGAAUGGCCUGUUCCUCAGACGCACUUUUCAGACCUUCUUCAAGGUGUCCUUCACCAAAGAGAUCACAGAGACCUACAUAUUCCACGUCGCUCCUAAGAAGGGCGUGACCAGUGUGCUGGCCUCUCCUGGCUGGCCGGGGGGGAUGAAGCCCUACGCCACGGCCUCCUGGAUCGCCACCGUCCCCGACAAGCUGGACGUCCACCUGACCUUCACCGAGGUCAGCCAGCCCAAGUGCCUCAAGCGACACACCAGCAUCCAGGUGCAGACGCUGGAGUCGCAGGAGAGGCUGUACAGCCGGCGGGAGGACGAGGAGGGGGACGAGGAGAUCGACAUCCCCGAGAGCUUCUACCUCAACAUGUCCAACUGCCUGCCCGAGAAGAACUCCUUCAGCGUCAUGGCCGAGAUCACGCCCACCAAACAGAGAAGGAUAAUCCUGCCAGUCAUCUUGGCGGUGGUGGGUGUGCUGCUCUUGGGAAUGAUCAUAGCUUUGGUGGUAGUCUGUGUGGUGAUCAGGAGGAAGAAGAAGCAGCUGGCCCAGCCCGUGUCCAUCUACAACCCCAACGGCCACAGCUUCCUGCCGGGCCUCCACGGGGUGCCCAAAACCGUGGACGACGACGACGACGCGCACAUCUACGACUACAUCGAGGACACGCUGGUGUACGGCCACCUGCUACGGGAGGAAGCGGAGCUGGACGAGUACGGGAAGCCCGCGGUGGACACGUACCGGUCCUUCAACGGCCCCACGGACGCCAAGCCGCUCAAAGACCCCGAGCCCCUCAGUGGGGGGCCCACCGGGGACGCGGACACAGAGGUGGGGGUGUACAGGCCCUUUGUGCCCCCUGCUGAGGUGGCAGCGCCAACAGUGCCAACCGUGCCAACUGUGCCAACUGUGCCAACUGUGCCAACUGCGCCAGGCUUCAAACCCGAGCCCGCCCAGGAGGGCGCAGACUCUCAGUCGGGAGUGAAACUGGUGGAGAACGAGUUGUACUCAUCGCGGGGUGAGGAUGGGGGGAGCGAUCCCUCCGCUGCGCCCCUGUCUCCCUGCUCAGAGGCGCUGCAGGGCCCCUGGAUAUGAAGAGUCCGCCGGAGAAGCGUGAGUGUGUGAAACUCGCCGCGUUCGAUUUUUUUUCUCCCUGUGCCCCCUCUGUGUGUGUCAUUUCUCGGGCAGACGUCAUGAUGCGUCAUGUCGAGUCACGCUGGAGAAUAUGCUUAUCAGCGGGGCGAGGGGACAAGUCUGGGCCUGAUGCAUGAAAACAGUAGCUCCUGUAGAGCUUCAACAAGUCAGCAAGAUUUGUUUUCUUGUUUGCCUUGUUUGGCCAGGGACAUUUUCUAGGAAACUGGAGCCUGAAAAUGAGAACAUUCGUGACUAAGCCAUAUCUUUUUACAACCGUGAAUUUCUUUUUUUAAAAGCACCUAUUUUGUCUGGUUACUUGUUUGUUUUGGACUGGGGAACUUUAUCUGAAUUGCCCUCAUAGCUACAAAAACUCUGAAAUUAGCCAAAUAUGCAAACUGUACCACAAAGAAAUAAUAGAAAAUUGCCCUUUUUCAGUAGCCUAUAAGUAUGUGUGCUAUUAAUUUCAUUCAUGUCUGACAAUAUGUUGUUUUAUGCAUUUAAUGACAAUUCCAAAGUUUUGGAAAAGGUUUUGUUUCAAUUUUAGUUUAGGCCAUGGGACUUUAGAGGACCCUCUAAUUGUGAAAUGUGCCAAAAUCUUUUAGCUUUUAGAUUCCUGUCAUCAUCAUCACCAAGAUGACCAGCUUUUCUGACCCUUCUACUGUAGCCUGGAGGUCAAGUGCGGGACCCAGAGAGGCCACACUGCCAGCCACACACGAUGAGUGCUACCAGACUUCUGGAAUAGUAUGAUGACUAGCAUGAGUGGGGUCUUUAGUCAUGACAUACGGCUAUAGCUAUAGGCUGUCUGGCUUCACACCCUAUAGUGACACACACACACUCAAACACACACACACAGAGAGAGAGAGAGAGAGAAUGAAACCUUCAACUACUUCAAGGAGCUACUCCACCCUAUACGGCUAUAGCUAUAGGCUGUCUGGCUUCACACCCUAUAGUGACACACACACACACACACACACACACACACACACACACACACAGAGAGAGAAUGAAACCUUCAACUACUUCAAGGAGCUACUCCACCCUAUAAGGCUAUAGCUGUACCGUCUGGCUUCACACUCAGUGACACACACACACACACACACACAAACACAGAAAGAAAAAGAAAAAGAGAAAGAGAGAGAGAAUGAAACUUUCAACUACUUCAAGGAACUACUCCACCCUGGAAAUUACAAUCUGUUGCUAGCAUUGUUCAAUUCAGGAUAAUCAAGGAAAUCGCUAAAUAAGUUACAACUGUUACACCCUCCAUUUAGAAGGAUAGGGAUCAGCUUAGUGUUACAUUAGUUCAGCUAGGCAUGAUUUGGAUGAGAGAGAUGCUGGAAUUCUCCAAAAAUGAGGUCGGAUUUGAACAGCAGCUGCACAGUGCUGUAUCAGAUUAUGUGCAACCCAAUUCAAGCCUGGUGUUGCAUAAGCGAGUAUAAAAUGCCUUCAGUCACGGAGGAUCAUUUUUAUUCUGCUGGAAUGAAAGUUCAUGUGUGUGUUGCAUGAUGUUUUCGUUUCAUGAUGAAAUGGAACAUUUUGUUUUUGGUUGUUGUUGUUUUUUCUGCGCUGAUGUUUCACAUGUUGGUUGGCUCCAAAUACUGUAUAUAGACAUUUGUUUUAUACACUAUUAAGUUUGAAAAUGUUUUAGUAUCCGUUUUAAAGUUAAUAUAACUAUUCUUGAUACUGUGAGUUGACUGAAAUACAAAUGCACGUGGCCAAGCAUCCAAGUUGAAGGCAGUCUCAGUUUGCUUUUAUCUGCAUUGGACAAUUAUUAUGGAAGACUCACUCAGCAAAA